AUGCCAUCAAUUAAAACCCUUCCAAAGAAUUGUAAAUUCUCAACAUUAUCUCAAUUAAGAGCUCAAAUUAAUACCCAACCCGUUCCACCUCCAUCAUCACCAAAACAAUAUGAAUAUUCAUCAUUAUCACCUCAUCAAAAAGCAUUCUUAGAUCGUGUUAUUAGAGUGGAUCAAGCUGGUGAAUUAGGUGCUAAUUAUAUAUAUGCUGGGCAAUAUUCAAUAUUACAACAUACAAGACCUGAAUUGAAGACUAUAUUAAAACAUAUGUGGGAACAAGAAAUUCAUCAUCAUAAUACUUUUAAUAAAUUACAAGUUGAAAAUAGGGUACGACCAUCAUUAUUCACACCACUAUGGAAAUUAGGAGCUUAUAGUAUAGGUGUUGGUACUGCAUUGAUUGGUAAAGAAGCUGCAAUGGCUUGUACAGUUGCAGUUGAAACGGUUAUUGGAGGUCAUUAUAAUGAUCAAUUAAGAGUAUUGAUGAAUAAAUUUAGUGAUAUACAAGCAAAAGAUUUAAAUACUGGUGAAAUUAUUAAUGGUUUAGAAAGUGAAGAAUUGCAAAAUUUAAAAAAUACAAUUAAAAAUUUUAGAGAUGAUGAAUUGGAACAUUUAGAUACUGCAGUGGAAAAUGAUGCAGAAGCUGCUGUUCCUUAUUGGUUAUUAACAGAGGGGAUUAAACUAACAUGUAGAUUAGCAAUAUGGACAGCUGAAAGGGUUUAA